GUAGGGAGCGCCCCGGUGGGCGGCGAUGGCGCUGAGGGCGCGGGCGCUGUACGACUUCAGAUCGGAGAACCCGGGUGAGAUCUCGCUGCGGGAGCACGAGGUGCUGAGCCUGUGCAGCGAGCAGGACAUCGAGGGGUGGCUGGAGGGCGUCAACAGCCGCGGGGACCGCGGGCUCUUCCCCGCUUCUUAUGUACAGGUGAUCCGCGCCCCCGCCGCCGAGCCGCCGCCGCCCGCCCGCUACGCAAACGUCCCCGUCGGCGGAUUCGAGCCGCUGCCGCCCCCCGCCGCCUUCAAGCCGGCGGCGCAGCAGCCCCCGCCCGAGCCCUUCCCGCCGCCCCCCGCCGGGUAUCCCUUUCCGCCCUACGGCGGCUCCUACCAGCCCAGCCAGGGCAGCGAUGACGACUGGGACGACGACUGGGACGACAGCUCCACGGUGGCCGACGAGCCGGGCGCCCUGGGCAGCUCCUACCCCGACUACGAGGCGGCGGGUGGCGGCGCCCCGGGCCGGUACCGCCUGUCUACCCGCUCCGAGCCAUCCCUGGGCCCCCGCGGCGCGGGGCACCCACCGGGACACCCGCACCCCCCCGGCGGCGGCGGCGCCGCCAAGAGCUCGGCCACGGUGAGCCGCAAUCUCAAUCGCUUCUCCACCUUCGUCAAGUCCGGCGGAGAGGCCUUCGUGCUGGGCGAGGCGUCGGGCUUCGUGAAGGACGGGGACAAGCUGUGCGUAGUGCUGGGCCCCAGGGGCCCCGAGUGGCAAGAGAACCCGUACCCCUUCCAGUGCUCCAUCGAGGACCCCACCAAACAGACCAAAUUCAAGGGCAUGAAGAGCUACAUUGCCUACAAGCUGGUGCCCAGCCAUACCGGGCAGCAGGUGCACCGCCGCUACAAGCACUUUGACUGGCUCUAUGGGCGCCUGGCUGAGAAGUUCCCUGUCAUCUCCGUGCCACACUUGCCAGAGAAGCAGGCCACUGGCCGCUUUGAGGAGGACUUCAUCUCCAAACGUCGCAAAGGCCUGGCCUGGUGGAUGGACCACAUGUGCAGCCACCCUGUGCUCGCUCAGUGUGAUGCCUUCCAGCACUUCCUUACCUGUCCCAGCACGGAUGAGAAGGCCUGGAAACAAGGCAAGCGCAAGGCUGAAAAGGAUGAGAUGGUGGGUGCCAACUUUUUUCUGACCAUCAGUGUCCCCACAGGCCCUGGGGCCAGCCUGGACUUGCAGGAGGUAGAAAGCCAGGUGGAUGGCUUUAAAGCCUUCACCAAGAAGAUGGAUGAGAGUGCCCUGCAACUUAAUCACACGGCCAACGAGUUUGCCCGCAAACAAGUCACUGGUUUCAAGAAGGAAUACCAGAAGGUGGGGCACUCCUUCAAGUGCCUCAGUCAGGCAUUUGAGCUGGACCAGCAAGCCUUUUCAGCUGGCCUCAACCAAGCCAUAGCCUUCACUGCAGAAGCCUAUGAUGCCAUCGGGGACCUCUUUGCAGAUCAGCCCCGGCAGGACCUAGAUCCUGUGAUGGAUUUGUUAGCGUUGUAUCAGGGGCAUUUGGCCAACUUUCCAGACAUCAUCCAUGUGCAGAAAGGCAAAGCUGCCAAAUAUCAGAGGGAGCACAUCGGGUUGCAGUGAUCUUUCCACAAAGGGAACGAGCUGUUUGUUUUUCCACAGGAACCACCCCUGUACAACCAUGCCAUCUGCCUGUCUGCCUCCCAUCUCCAAAUUCAGUGUAACAUCAACCUUGAGCCAAGUUUGAGAGAGGUGCAGCAUUCUCAAAGAUGACAAGUUAUUGCAAAUUCAUUGGAAAAUUAGCAGCCUAAAAGUGGAAAGAAGCCAAAUUUAGUAUCUCAUGGUGAGUCAAAGUCAGAUCCAGCUCAAUGUCUCUAUUUGAAGAGGCAGCAGGCAUCUGGCCAGCAUGUAGGCACAUUUUGGCAGGUUUGUCAAGACACAGAAUCACAGCAUCACAAAAUAACAGAAUUAUUUAGUCUGGAAAAAUCUCCAAGCACACUUUUGACUGAUCACACCUUGGCAACUAGACAGUGGUACUAAGUGCCACAUCCAGUCAUUUGCUGAAGACAUCCAAGGACAGUGAUUCCACCAUGUUCCUGGACAGCCCAAGCACACAUUUAACAAACAUUUCCAUGAUGAAAUUUUUCCUGAAGUUCAACCUGAAACUCCCCUGGCACAGACUGUGGCCAUGUCCUCUCAUCCUAAUACUUGUUACUUGGGCAGAUUGAGGCCAACUCCCACCUGGCCACAGCCUCCUUUCAGGCAGCUGUAGAGUGAUGAGGUCCCCCCUGAGCCUCCUUUUCUCCAGGACAAACACCCCCAGCUCCCUCAGCUGCUCCUCACAGCACUUGUGCCCCAGAGCCUGCCCCAGCUCCAUUGCCCUUCUCUGGGCUCUCUCCAGCCCCUCAGGGCCUUUCCUGCAGUGAGGGCCCAGCCCUGGACACAGCACUGGAGGUGUGGCCUCAGCAGGGCCCAGCACAGGGGGACAAUCCCUGGCACUGGGCCUUGUUGAACCUCACACCACUGGCCUCAGGCCAGAUCCAGCCUGCCCAGAUUCCCCUGCAGAGCCUACACAUGUAGCUCUGGAUCAGCAACAGGAAACACUGAAUUUUUGUGUAAGACUGGAGGGAAGGAGCUGAAGGUGAAGCUGAGCAAGGGCAGAACCAGGGCCUAUAAAACACACAACCACAGGAAGGUAUUCUUGUUGCUGCUCCUCAUCUCCCACCAUUUAAUAUUCAAGAAAUUACCACCUUGUUAAUGAGAACAAGGAAAGGAGAAGCAUUGAUAAAUUCUGGACUCAGUACCAGAUGAUCACUGGCUUCAGUUAGCCAUUUCACUAUAAUAAGGAAAGCACAGAAAAGAUACUGGGAAAUUCCAUUAAAUCCAGAAAACUCAAUGAAGAGAUGACAGCAUUAUACAAACACACCUGUUAUGCCAGCUUUUCCUAAUGUGUAGUCAUCACCUCACACCAUCCUUCCUAUAUGCAAAAGAUCACUGUGCCAAAUGAAAUAUUUGAGCUGAUUAAAUUUUAUAUCAGCUUCCAAUAAAAAUCAUUUUUAUUUACACUUGAUUGGGCCCUUAAUUUGUGCCAAUAUUGCCCCUACCCUAUUUGUAGCUUAGACACAUGUAGCUCUUUGUAUUGCUUUCAGAUAAGUACAGAACCAGGUUUUGAAACCUGAGAAACGUGGCAAGAUGUCACAAGGGAUUCUGCACCCUUAUGAUAUUAUUCCCACUCUCAAAAAGUAGCAUUUAAUGCAAGUUCAUUCAGCAGCAAGUUUGGGCAGUGUUCUGUGAAGACUCCUGCAUUUUUAAAAGCAAGUCAAAAUAACCUCUUGCGAAGUGGUUCCAAAACAGCAUGAGUUGAUUUGAGUUGUACUCAUGAGCAUGAUUUUGUGUUGUACUCAUCUGUGAAAAAGACUCUACCAUGGUGAAAUCACAUCUGCUGUCAGCUGGGCCCAUUUAUUGGAUGUUAGAGAAAACAGAAGAAGAUAGAGCAGCAAUUGGAAAACAAUCUGUCAAGGCAAAGAAGACAUCAUUGAAUAUAACUCAUCAAAACUUGAAAACCAAGUAAGCAUUGUUGCAAAAGCAAUGGGAAAAUGUGUCUGUUGGGUAACUGCUGUGUGGCAGUAAAAUGUCUGAAAAUUUGCUUUGCCUGGGGCUGCAGGAAAGUGCAAUGACAUGAUUUCUGUGGGACCAUUUAUGUGAGAACUGAAAAUAACAAAAGAAGUCAUAAAACAAUUGGAAAAGAAAAAUCCUUGGUAUUAACAUCAUUACAGGUGGUUGUCUGUAGAAGAAAAUGUAUGCAAUGAUGUUUUUGCAGAAUACCUGAAUACUUAGACAAAAACAUGCUGGGAGUGAGUGGCUUUACAUCAAAAAAAAAAAAAAAUUACGAAUAAAACCAUCAAGGUAAUGUGUUAGACAUGGAGCAUUAGAUAUCGGAAAAAACUUUUCAUAGUAGCUACUGAUACAGAUCUGGAGCUCCCUGUGUCAAACCAAAGGAACAAGCCUGUGUCAUGAAGGAGUUGGUUUCCAGCUGUGGGCUGCAGGACAGGGCCAGUCUCCAUUCACCAUGGACUCCAGCACUCACCAGUCAGGGACUCAGGUAACAACUAAACCAGCUCAGCCGUCCUCCCCAGAAGGCCCUGGAGAAUCAUCUGCAAGAAAACAUAUUUUCCCUUGCUUUUUGCACAUAGUAAUGGAAAAAGAACACUCACCUGGCUUAGAGAAAUCUUGGUUGUCUGGAGAGCACCCUGCAUGAUUCAGUGUCCUCUUGCUCCUUCAGUAUUUUUGCAAAGAGUCUGUAUGGCUCACAGGUUUGGACUCUCUUCUGGGAGUGAAGGGGACAUUUUCUCAGUCAGAGACAGAAGGUUUAAAUCUGGAUUUCCCCAUUAUUACAUGAAUGCCCCAAUCAUGAUCCUUAUCUAACCUCACCAAGACUUUCCCAGAGUAUAUGGGAUUUGCAAACGUAGUGGCAAGAUGUAGGCUAGAGCUGGAUCACUUCAGACCCUGAACUGCCAGAUUCUCUCCUCCAUUAGUCAGCAGAGUGUAAAUCCCAGGCAAGCCCAAAGAAAAGCCAUUCUGAUUUCAGCACCUUCCAGUGAAACCAGGCACUGUCAGGCUCCAGCUGGGGUGUUGAAGGUUUAGUGAAUGCUGGUGUAUGUCAUCAAUAUGCAGGUAUGGUGAUUCCAGGUCCUUGUUGCUCUUUAUCCUCAGAGUGAAAGAGCUCACUUGAUAUUCUUCCUUUUUAUCAGUGGCUAUGGCCAACCCAGGAGAUUUCACAGGCUGAGCAACACCCUGGUGCUAACAGUGCUUGCUCCCAUUAAACCUCUGUGUGAGAUCCCCGAGCCAGGUUUGAAGGAGAAAAUUGACACAGAGGAGUCACUUCCAAUCAGACAGCCUACUAGCAGAUUUGCUGUGUAACUAUCCAAAUUUCCAGCAUCCAUUUUAUUUUCAAAGAAUAUAGGCGUCCUGUUUGCUUGCCCUAAAAGCAAGAAAGGCCAUGCCAUUUCCUGUGUCUGUGGAAUCUUCAAAGGCAGUUUGCAGAGACUUUGAGUCAGGCAUCUCCCCCUUUCCAUAUCACAUGCUUGUGUAGAAGCCAUUAGUCACUUGUGUCAUCUAUUCUAGCAUGGGACAAAAAGCUGAGCUCAGUCAAAUGCUUUGUAAAUAUAAGUAUCUCCUAACAGGAAAACAACAAUGUCCAUUCCUCUAUGGAAACUGUAAAC